AUGACGACUGCAACAUCAUCAUCCUGGGCGGUCUCCUUCCGCAUGGGCGACUGCAAGUGCGCGGAUCGCGCCUCGCUGUUCGAGCACAAGUAUCUCCGCACGCACCGCGCCGGCAGCGUCAAGCUCGUCCGGUGCUUUCCGCACUGCUGCCCGGAGCACACGUACGCCAACUUUUGCACCACGUCGCUCGACGUUGUCGUCUCGAACGCGACGCUCGCCAUCGACGCCGACAUGGCGUACCUGCGGUUCCAGCCGUCGACCGACCGGGUGCUGGCCGUCGGCGACGUCCUCGACGAAGCGACUGUUGUCCACAGCACGCGCAGCCAAGCCAACAUCAAAGGCGACUGGAUUGCGAGUGACUCGAGGCAGUUGGACGCGAGUACGAUGACGUACCGCUUCAACCACCACAACCUCCUCGGGUGGCACUACGGCUGGGUGGGCACGUCCACAAAAGCCCACCGCACGGCGACCCACCGCGUCGUCGCCUACAUCCUUCGCCGACUGAGUCCGCAAUCGCUCCGCGUCGUCGGCGUCCACCGGUCGCCGCCGUUUAUCAUCAUGUCGUACCGACGCGCGUGCUACCAUUGCCAAAAGCACCGCGGCGGCGUGACCACGACGGGUUGCGAGUGCGACGGCGAGUUCCACGCGUCGUCUCCGCCGCCGUCGUCGGGUAGCAGUGUCGGGUCUCCGCGGAGCACUGCACUUGCGACGCGACGUGUCGAUCCGAUGGUCAUGGAGCAGCAGCUCGGCACUGUCAUGUCCUUCCUGCACCGACUGCCGUCGCACGCAUUUGCAGGCAAGUACGAUCGGAUCGCUGAGCAGCUGACAAAGAGCUUGCUCGAGCCGCUCGGCGCCCGGUGGGGCUCGAGCCGCGUCACGUUUCCGCGGUGGAUGCGGCCGACGCCGGCGACCCCAGGCUCGUCGUCGCUCGAAGCAUUAACGACGGUCUGCCUCGACCUCUUCCUCGCGAGCGUCUCGAUGGACACAAUGUUUGAGCAGUCCAAGUUCAUGCAGGCGAACGCGCCGCGGCUCCUCGACCGGCAAGCGCUACAGGACGCGUACCUCGAGUGGCUCCAUUUACACUACCGCUACUUCAACCACCUCCUCGAGCCCAUGUUCCUCACCCUCGAGGGCCUCGCGACGCACAUCAACGCCGUGUCCCAAGCGGGUGCGCUGGUGCCGACGGCGAUCGGGACAACGUCGAUCACGGGCUUUGAGAACUUUGUCGCGCAACUGCGUGAAGUCUACAUGGGCGUGCCCGUGGCGACGCCGCCGGUCCGGAACUUGGUGCCGUCGUCGUUUAACGGCCACUGGGUCUUCCAGGAGACGCUCUCGUCGGCCUUUUCGAUGGACCCGAGUGAGUUUGACCCGUCCGUGAUCACGAUC